AUGGUAUCCUCUCAAGUAGUGAGAUCUGAGAGCUCUGAAGAAGCAAUGUUGAGUGUUCAAGAGCUCAUUAAGAAUCCACUAACUUCACUUCCUCAUUGCUAUAUUCAAUUAGACAAUCAUGAACCUUCAUCACCAUUCCAAGAUCAUGCAAUCCCAACCAUCAACCUGAAAAAUUUGAUUCAAGGAGAAGCUACAGAGCAAGAACUACAGAAAUUGAACUCAGCUUGCAGGGAUUGGGGUUUCUUUCAGUUGGUGGAUCAUGGAAUUAGCCCGCUAAUGCUUGAAACUCUUAAAGAGGAGACUGAAGGAUUCUUCAAGCUUCCCUUAGAAGAAAAGAUCAAGUACAAGAUAAGGCCAGGUGAUGUUGAAGGCUACGGAAUUAGUCUAAGCAAAUCAAAAGAUCAAAAACUUGAUUGGGGUGAUAGGUUAUUCAUGACCACCAACCCUCAUAGUAUAAGAAAACCACAUCUUUUCCCAAAGCUUCCUUCAUCACUUAGGACGAUCUUAGAAUCAUAUAUUUUGGAAAUGCAAAAUCUUGCCAAGAUACUUGUAGGGAUGCUAGGAAAUAUGUUGAAGAUAAAUGAGAGAGAGUUAGAGGGGUUUGAGGAUGGGAUACAGAAUUUGAGAAUGAAUUACUACCCUCCAUGCCUACAACCUGAACUAGUUGUGGGUCUCACUGCUCAUUCAGAUGCAUCAGGAAUCACUAUCCUUAACCAAGUUAAUGGAGUGAAUGGCCUACAAAUUAAAAAAGAUGGCAUUUGGAUUCCGGUCAACGUUAGCUCAGAUGCCUUUAUUGUCAAUAUUGGGGAUAUUCUAGAGAUUAUGAGCAAUGGGUUAUAUAAAAGUGUUGAGCACAGAGUAACAGUGAAUUCAGAGAAGGAAAGGAUUUCUAUUGCUAUGUUCUUCAACCCCAAGUUUCAAUCUGAAAUUGAACCUUCAGUUAAUCUCACAAACCAAGAAAAUCCUCCACUGUAUAAAAGGAUCAAAAUGGAGAAAUAUCUCAAAGACUUUAUGAAUCGUCGUAAGCUGGACGGAAAGUCGUACUUAGAGCAUAUGAAGAUCACAAAUUAA